AUGACUAAAAAAAGAAUUCUACAAAGAAAUAAUGCUGAAUGGGUUGGAAUUUUAAGUCAAAGAAAUAUUUUGAUAGAUCUCUCUGAUGAUAUUAUGCAAUUAGACAUGUCAGGCAAAGCAACACAAAAAGCAGACAGCAAGCGUAUUUCUAUCAAAUUAAUUGACCAAUUAUUUUCAGAUAAUAAUAAGGAAGAAAACUGGAAAGAUAUUUAUGAUGAUAAGUCAAGCAAAUAUAGUGAAAACGAUAAUCUAACUAACCAGUUUAUUAAUUUCGAUGCAUCUAAAAAUGAACCUAAUAAUAAUGGCCCAGAUGAACCAAAAAAUAAUUAA